ACUGUAGCAGCGCAUGCAUAGCUAGUGAUCCUGGGUGUGGAUUAGCGACAGUAGGGGGGCAUUGGUGGAUCUGCUGCCCAUAUCUUACAUGGGAGUCUAAUAUAUAUAUAUAUAUAUAUAUGCCCAGAGAUAUCCUCUGCGCUGUGCACAGUGCAGUUGGCAGGAGCUGUGCUUAAUACUCAAGUCACUGGGCUUUGGUGGCAUGCCAGCGGGCCUAGCACUGUCUUGGUGCUGGCGCUAGCUUUGGCAUUUGUCAUUGCGUUACAGCACAUACAUAUUUUUUUAUUUGCAAAUUUUUAUAUAAGUAUAUUAUUUGGCGUCACGGAUUAAAAUUAGCUGAGUUUUUAGGUAUUUGGGAAUUGUUGAGGGCAGGGAAGGGCAAAGCUCAUAAUAAUCUGCCAGGAGUUUUUUUUUUUUUGCAAGGGUAAGAAGGGAGAACCCCACCAACUACCAGUGGACCCGGCUUCCCUUCUCCCUCCUCCUGUCUGCAGGGGAGAAGAAUGAGAGAGAAUGAGCCAGAGAGACACCUUGGUGCAUCUGUUUGCUGGAGGAUGUGGGGGUACUGUUGGUGCCAUCUUAACAUGUCCUCUGGAAGUUGUGAAAACCAGGCUGCAGUCCUCUUCAGUGACGCUUUACAUCUCUGAAGUUCAGCUGAACACUGUGAAUGGCGCCAGUGUUAACAGGAUGGCACGGGUGUCUCCGGGACCUCUUCAUUGUCUCAAAAUGAUUUUGCAGAAAGAAGGUGCACGUUCCCUGUUCAGAGGGCUAGGUCCUAACUUAGUUGGUGUGGCUCCGUCCAGGGCCAUCUAUUUUGCAGCUUACUCAAGCUGCAAGGAAAGACUUAACAAUGUAUUGCCAGCAGAUUCCACGCAAGUGCACAUGAUUUCUGCUGGAGCAGCAGGUUUCACUGCUAUAACAGCUACCAAUCCCAUUUGGUUAAUAAAAACCAGACUACAACUGGAUGCAAGAAACCGUGGUGAAAGAAGAAUGAGUGCAUUUGAUUGCAUUCGCAAAGUCUAUAGGGCGGACGGUUUUAAAGGUUUUUACAGAGGAAUGUCUGCAUCCUAUGCUGGUAUCUCAGAAACUGUUAUCCAUUUUGUUAUUUAUGAAAGUAUUAAACGCAAGCUGCUGGAGCAUAAGAGUGCAUCUGCUAUGGACGAUGAAGAUGAAUCCGUAAAAGAGGCAUCUGACUUUAUUGGACUUAUGUUGGCUGCAGCAACUUCCAAAACAUGUGCCACCUCAAUUGCAUACCCACAUGAAGUAGUACGAACUCGACUACGAGAAGAGGGGACAAAGUACAGAUCUUUCUUUCAGACACUUUCAUUGGUUGUUAAAGAAGAAGGCUAUGGGUCCUUGUAUCGUGGCUUAACAACACAUUUGUUUAGACAAAUACCAAACACAGCGAUUAUGAUGUCAACCUAUGAGGUGGUUGUUUACUUGCUAAAUGGAUAGCCUUGCGUUUUCUUGUCUCUGAAGAUGAUGUCGACCAAAAGGAUUGAAAGUGGACCAGGAAGCGCCAAAAAAAAGAAAAAAAAAUCUAUCGGCCAACAGCGAGAAAGGACACCAUCAUAAAUGUGUGAAGGACAGUGCAGACCAUCUAGAAUGCAGACAGGGGAAGCUGAAAGCAAUCCUGUUUCUGUGCGUGUGUAUGUGGUCUGACUGCAUGUGAGAUGUAAUAAUGGGGAUUGUACACACCGUCAUUUCAGAAUUAUUUUGUAGUCCCUCUACAGUCAUGAAAUUAAUUCUGCCCUGGUCAGACCUGAGGUUCUUAAUCUUUUCUGAAGGCAACAGAAGUUAUUUUCAACAUUGGUUGUUUUAGCCAGGUUACCCUUUCUUCAAUUGUAAUAUACUGCUAAAACAAAUUCUACUGAACACUUUAAUUAGUCCCUUUCAAGGUUUAGAAGGGUCUUAAGUACACUUAGUAUUCUGAAAGUGAGAAAAAUAAAUGUGAGCAUCCAGAGGGGCUUAAUUCCACACUGGUAAUUCAUAUAAAAUAAUAUGGUGAUUCGGGCCAUGGAUUUAGAAUCGCUGCAAUGUUUUAAGUGGACAUACCAUCUCAGGCAACAUUUUCAUUCACUCAAUUUGUUUUAGAAAAUGUAUUGAGAAAUAUUACUACCACAACAUUCUAAAUAGGCUUUAUGUCUGAGACCUUUUCUCUUGAUGUCAGUCAUACAUACUGUAGGCAUACAACAUGUUAUAUAUAAUUGACUUUAAAUUUAAUUUGACUGUUUAGAUACUUGGAAAUCUCUUGACACCGAAAGGCAAAAUGGAUUAAAAAUUGUAUUUAAUCCAAAACUGGAAGGUUUCUUAAUAUUAGUUUAUUUUACUUUUAUUUAUGCAGCAUCUCAAUUGAUUGUAAUCAAAUCACCUUUCUCUUUAGCUUUGUAAACAAUUUGUCAUUGUUUAAAUGGCUUAAUGUGGAAUUAAUUCAACAAAAAAGGAGGACCUGCUUUACAAUGCCUUAUAUAUUAAUUUUUCUCUAAACUGUGGCAUCCAUUAUAAUUAAGCAAUAUGUGGUAUUUGUUUUUACAUACUUGGAAUGCUCAAAUCUAUAUAAAUAUUCUAGGUUGCAUAUUUAAAUAACACAUUCCCAUGUUCUGACACCUAAUUGUUCUUAAGAUAUUCUAGAAAAAAAAAGUACAUGACAGGUCCAUCUUCUUAAUGAUGUAAAUGUCACCUUCCUAAUUUAAGGUUGUUGUUGCUCCUUUUUCUAUGUAGCAUUAUUUGAAACCAUGCUAAAAACGUAUUUAAAAUCAGAUUCUAAUAAAAUGCAGUAAGGUUUUAGGGAAAACCCCUCCUUUUUCAACAAAGGUCCCUGUCCUUCUUUACCAAAAACAACAAAACAGUAAUCUAAUCUGGAACAGUAUACAGUUUUCAGAUAUUUAAAGUCGGAGUGGUUCUUGGCUCUAAAAUGUAGGUGUUCUAACAAAAAAUACCAGAAGCCUACAUAAAGAGGGAGGAGCUUGUUGGGUGUAACAAUUUCCUGUUACUUCGGCUACUGGCUAUUCUUACUUUAAUCAACUAUUUGCCUCAUUUACUAUUCUCCUUGUUUUAGGUAGAGUGAAGUACAUUUUGAUACCUAAAGUACUACAAAAACGCCCCUACAAACUGCUUUAAAGCAUUCAAUUAUUUUACACAUUAAAGUUCUGUUCUUUGAAGUAUCAAGUACUUCUCUGGCAACAAAUAAGCGUUGUGUGGAGACAUCCAAAAACUUCAACACUGCAUUUCUAAAGUUUUUUUCUUCUCAAGUAUCAAAAAUAAUUUGUUAAAAUGCUUUUAUUUUUGUUUACUGUUUCUAGAUGUGAUACUCAUCUUUAAUGAAGAAGCCCCGUAUACAUUUAACAUUUUCUGUUUGUUGGUGUGUGUGUGUGUGUGUGUGUGUGUGUGUGUGUGUGUGUAUAUAUAAAUUAUUUUUUUUCUAAAUGUGAAAUUGUUCAAUAUUUUAAUUGAAUGUAUACACAAAGGUUAGAUAAUAUAUAAUGGGGAGGUUGUUUGAUUGACAUAUUAUGUUCCUUUUUGAUUUACACUAUGAUUUUCAAAUGGUUCAGAUUUAAAAAAAAUCUAAUUGGCCCAAUAUUUUAAGCGCACAAGGAACCAUCCUACAUUACAUUUUAAAGAGACAUGUAAACCCUAAAUGUUAUGUCUUGCCAUUAAAGGCCAUGCUUUAAAUAUUAA